AAAUCGACCACGGGCAGUAUCAGGAGCAUGUAAAGCAUGUUCCAUGCCGACUCUCAAAUCUCGCCGAUUGUCCGUUACUAUCUUGGUUUUACGCAAAAUUUUUUAUAUUCGUUGUUAGUCCGGCUUCCUAAUUAUAUCGAGUUAGAAGUUUGAUUAUUUUUCGGCGAAGUAUGUUCAAUGAUGUUGCGAAAGCAAACGUCGAUGUGUCGCGCGACUUUCUGCGUGCCUGUCACAGCAGUGACGUACAUAAAGUGGAAACUCUGAUUGAGAAACACGGAAUUCGCGAUUGGAGCGACUUUCGUCACGUGGCAUCCGGCGAUACUGCGUUGCACGUGGCCGCACGGCAGGGAGAUAUGAAUAUCGUGAGAUAUCUGUGCGAGCGUUUCGACAUGCCAGCAUUUAAAAUCAGCGUUACCAACAAAGACAUGAAGAGGCCAUUACACGAAGCUGCACAAUUCGCACAGGAAGACAUUUUGAAAUAUUUACUGGAAAAAGGUGCAUCGGUAGACGCUUUAAAACGCGGCGACUGGACACCCCUUAUGCUUGCAUGCACCAAAACUGGUCCCGCGGCACGUCAAUGCAUCAUAGCCCUUUUAGCCGCUAACGCUAACGCAUAUUUACGCAAUAAAGACGGUUGGACGCCGUUGCUCAUUGCCUGCCGAACUGGUGAUGAAAAGGCGAUUGAUAUAUUGUUGAAACAUUUGCCGAAAUGCAUCGACGAUCGAAGCAACAAUGGCCGUAGCGCGUUGCACAAUGCAGCAUUUCAUGGCCAUGAGAGAGUGAUUAACUUGCUCGUCGCGUCAAAUGCAAAUCUUCUGAAUGCACGGGACUCUUCAGGAUCCUCGCCGCUUCAUGAAGCGAUGAAGCAUGGAAAGCUGAAUGCAGCAAAGUGCAUUGUACAUCUGGGCGCCGACGUCAAUCUCACAGACAAUGUCGGUCAAACUAUUCUGCACGUUGCCGCACUAUCUGGCAACGCAGAGGCUGUUGAGUACAUUUUGGAGCACCAUCUGAUUGAUGUGAAUUGCGAGGCUUCUUUUGGAAUCACACCGCUGAUGAUAGCUCGGAGGAAUAAUCACAGCGACGUUAUUCAAAUUCUCAUUAAAUAUAACGCUAAAGAAUAAAGUAUUUAUACGUAAAAA